CUGCGAACGUGAACGGUAACGCAUUACAUAUAUCAAUAAUAAAACUAUUUUUUGUAGUGUUUUUUUUGUGUGGGUGCAAAAGUUUUCUUUGUGAAUGAAUGAUUCAUAUGAUACAGUUAAAGCAAUGAAACAAAUAAAAACGCAAAAUUAAGUUUAAAAAACAGAGUGUUGUUAAAAGCACGGAAGCAGGAACGAGAGCAGCGACAGAAGGCAAUAAACAGCAGCGAAAAAUGAAAGGCGAGCAGCGACGGAAAACCCUAUAAACAAAUUUCAAAUUGCUAAAUCCAUCUAUUCAAACCAACCAAACAAACAAAGGAUUCUACAAGAAAAACAUAAAACCUACAACGGCAUUUAAAACAACCCAAUUUGUAAUAACUCACAAACCAAAUCACCAACCAAAAUCGGGUAAAAGAUCAAGAAACAACAAAAACCAAAAGCACGCGGAUCUUCUUUAACGUCUCCGUUUUGGGAUAUAAAACAUUAAUAAUUACCCCAACACGCAGCAACCAUAAGAAGUAUUGGGCAUCCUGUGAAAAGAUUAUCUGCCAGAUUGGAAAGGACUUUUUUCAUUGCCUCUCGCCAACUUCAUAUAUCAUUUGAAUUUAUGUGACCUGAUUUAGGCGCUAUCCAGGAGUAAGCGAGCGAUCGAUCCCGAAGAGAUGGCACCGCCUAACUGCCUGCUGGCGGUCCUGGCGCUAACGAUUUUCUUGGGGGCCAACAACGGCCUGCCGAUCACCUCGCGACCCAUCGAGGGCAAUGUCCAGCGAAUGGUUUGGAAUGAUUGGGUGAACCUAGACCCGGAGCAACGGAGCUUGACUAAGGAGAAGAAAGUGACUGCCAAGUCGAUAUUCACGCUACCCUUCCGUCACUGUCCGCAGGGCCACACACUGUACAAUGAGCUCUGCAUUCCCCAAUCCAACAUUGAUCCCACGGAUCUAAUCAAGCAGGAACUCAUUUUGGCCGGUGCCACAAAUGGCAGUCCCCCACCGCCACCCAUUUUAGACUACGACUAUGGCGAUGACGGAGAGAGCGAAAAGAUCGUGUACGAUGUAUCGGUAAUACCAACCGCCGUGCAAGAUAGUGUGCCGCCCCGCCUUGGUGCUGAGGACCAAGCCCUGCCCAGCGAGGAUGCACCGCUGAAAUUCAAUAUUUUCGAGAAGAAAUUCCCCACGGGCACGGGUGAGCCCGAGGACUUGCCAAUGCCGCCGGACUUGUUGGCAUCAAUAUAUGGCGGCAACGGCAGUUCCACAGCAGCAACGUCAACCAGCACAGCGGCAACGUCAACCAGCACAGCGGCAACGUCAACGACGACCAUGAGCACACCAGCUGCACCUUUGGGGGAUGCCAGCAACCGCAUGGUUGGUGGUGGCGAUUUGAUGGCGGCUUCUAGCGAUGCCCUGUCCACGUCGGCCACAUUCAACCUGCCCAGCAGCAACACCAACGCCAGCAGCACCAACGGGGACAUUGGCCAGGUGGAAGCCAUUGUGUUGCCAGCGGGACAGGCGCAGGAUGGCGCUGGGCACCUGGUCACCAGUUCCCUCAUCGAUAUCGAAAAUUCCUCCACUACAGCGAAUACAUUUAUUUCGGGGGCGGAUCUGGUCCAGCUUCUCAAGGCAGACGCCUUUCUGCCAGCUUACGAUGGCAGCAUUGAGCUGUUGCCGCCGCUUUUUAGUCAUCGCAAGGUGUCGCCGCCUUUAAGCGCGGACCAGGAUGUAAAGACCAAGCAGACAGAUGAAAAUGUUGAGCCAGAGGGGGUGGGAACGGAGCUAGAGGGGGAUGAAGGGACCACCACGGAUUCAGUGCUAAGUGUGGAGGAGGAGUAUAUUACUGAGACAGAAACAAAUACAGGCGGCACAACGGUGUCGACAGAGGUGUCAAUGGACACAUCUCCUGCCCCCUCCAUUUCAGGCCUAACAUCACCACAUCCGCCAGAAGAAUCCGAGUUGGAUGAAGGUGAAAAUCGCCUGGUCUUGAUAAAAUCGAAAGUGCAACCGGUUCAGUUGACGACAACGACAACAACAUCGGCAACGGCAGCAUCAACAGCAUCAACAGCAACAACGGCAGCUGAUGUUGCUGAUUUGAGCUCCUCCACCGACCGGUUUCAUUAUCAGCAUUUUGUAGAAGACGUUGCCGCCAGCAGCACGACAGCAAUACCAGAGCCCAGCAGCAGCACUGUCGGCGAACUGAUUGACCAGAACGAUAUGCCGGCGAGUGACAAUGACAAUUUAAUGACAAAUACAAUUGCCGGCCACGCCGAUGAUGAUGGGGGCCAUAAAGCCAGCAGUGAAAUUGAUGCCCAACAGGAACUGCGGCUCAUCAACGAGCUGGUAAAGGGUAAGCAGGGUAAGCAGGGAGAGCAGCAACAGAACCAACAGCAGCUUGAGCCAACCAACGCAGAAGGAACAUCUACAUCAACUGAGGAUGCAACCGUCACAACAGCAGCAAAUUGGUCAAAGGUGAUGCCGCAAUUAGGCCAGGGCACAAGUGAAGCAGCAACAUCGACCCAGGCUAAUGAGAGCAGCUCGACAGUAAAAUCAGGAGCAGCAGAAGAGCAAUUAAGUAUUACCAAUCGUAGCAAUAGAAAUAGUAAAAUAAUUAGAGUAGGACAGAUUGCCGAAGAGCCAACAGCAAUAGCGGCGACUGCAACACCUCCGACCACCAGCAGCAACCCAGAUGGCUAUACGCCUUUUUGGUGGCUCCCGAGCAUUGGAUGGCGUCUGGAGCGCCAGGUCGACGGCAAUGGUGAGGAUCAUUCGCUGUUGCUUCGGUUCUUCAGCACGUUUCGCGGCAGCGACAUGGCAGCAACCACACGCUAACGGCCACAUUAAAUGCAGCGCCAGCAUCUCCUGGCUCUGGCCACCGCCUAGAGCCACAGGAUGUCGCUGGGUGCCGUGUAGUCUAGUGUAAGAUAGUGUCGUGUCAGCAACAGCGUUUCAAUUGCGUGUUGAAGUUUGUUCAUAGUUGUCUCACCUUUGCACUCGUCAUUUGUCUAAGUAAAUAUUUAUUAUCUUUUUAUGUUUUAAUUGAAUGCCAAAUUGUACAUAGUAUAUCCCAAACACACUUCUUAGCAACAACUUUCGCAUUUUUUUUUGCCCUGGCGUUAUUUUGUGGUAUUUAAACUGCUUUCUUUUUUUAAGUUGUUGAUUUAAUUUUAGGGGGACUUUUUUUUUAUAUUAUGAUAGUUUUAUACAUAUGUGCGUACUGCUGUCGUUGUUGCGAGCCCUAGCAAUAAUUAAUUGUGAUUAUUUAGGCUUAUGAAUUGAUUGUUAGACUUAGUUAAAUGUAUACUCUGAAUCUUUUUUUUUAAUACUAUUAUCACAAUUACCCAAUUUAUAUGUGUAUUAGCGGAGCACUUGUAGAUGUCUCUGUGUAUAAACCCUAGUGAGAAAGCUAUUCAAAUCUAGGCAUUUGUAAUCGCAUUCAAUAAAAAAAGCCUGUGUUUCUAUACCUAUAUAUAUAUAGAUAUAAUAAUGUGCUAACGUUUGUAACCUGAAAUCAAAACUAAAGCCUAAACUAUAGUGUAAUGCAUUUAAUUAGUUAUAACAAUGCGUUUCGAACCACUUACUCAAAAAAAAACGAACCGAAUCAGGCAAGCAAUAUGUUUUUGUCAAAUGAAAUUUAACCAACAACCAAAGUUCUGAAGAAAAACAAAUACGGAAUUGCAAAAA